UUGAAAUUAUAUCAUUGAUAUCAUUGAAUCCCAUCAUCAAACUUACAAAUCAGCCAACCCGAUAUAGCUCGCAACUUGUUUCCGCUUUGAUACUUGAAAUCCUUCAGCACACACUAUCGUCAACUUGUACCGUAAUCUAAUGCACACCUCCUACGCACAUCACGUGUUCCGCUGUGCUGUCCUCGUAGCCAGAGCACCAGCGACGACGAAAAGUAAAACCAUUAGAAGAAGCCCUCAUCAGCUCCCGGCACUAUUGUCCCAGAGCCGCCGGUUCUUCGCGGCCUCGCCAGCCAUGACGACCCACACGCCCCGGUUCUCCGCUGGCGUUGACGAGCCGGCUCUGGCCCGGGAAUUAGAACCCCUGCUGGCGUCAGCAGGUCUUGGGGGCCGCUGGGCAUUGAUACCCGGCGGCGAGGGCCUCGAAAGGACUUUCAGCUUUAAGACGUUUGCGAAGACUUGGGACUUCAUGACUGCAGUGUCACUGCAAUGUAAACUAAAGAAUCACCAUCCAGAAUGGUCCAACGUAAGGCGCACUUCGUUACACUCUCUAUAACCGCAUCACCAGCCUACACCAACCUACACCAACAACACAUCAGCCUACACGAAAGCAUAACCUACCUACCCACUUGAUGAUAUCUACCUUCAACACGAAGUUUCUGAACUUACCAUAGCAACGUCUCUAGUCCAAGAGCCGCUGGUAUCUAUGAAAAGUUGAUACCUCGUUACACCUUUCACGAAACUCUUUCCAUUGUUUUUCUUACACAUACACCAAUAGCCGCCCCUUACUCGACCAACCCGACCACAUGCUCCUCCAUUGAACCUACCUAAUACACUACACAUACCUGCUGACUGACUGCUAAUAUCAUUAUUACCUACCUAUGUACAACAUUUGCUGACUCAUCUCCCGUCGUGUCGCCAACGUGCAGGUCUACAACACCACUCACAUCCGAUGGACAACGCAUAACCCCAAGGGCCUCUCUACCAAGGAUAUCGAGCUGGCUGCCAUCAGCGACGGCCUUGCUCGGGAUUUCGGCGAGGUUGUCGAGGAACCCAGUGGUAAUGACACCUGCUCACUG